AUGUCGAUUCAGGUAUUUCCUCUGUUUUCACUGCAUCUACUCUACCUACAACAGAAACCUUAUGGGAUUUCGUUCUUCGGCUGUACGAUAAUUGAUCGACACUUCCUCGUUGCGGAGUCCGUCAGUAGGUCCUUGCUCGAACGCCUGGACAUGACGCAAAGCAGCCAGCCGCUCGGUACGUCUUUCGAUGCAUUCCAGUAUGACGAUUUUGAGAAGUGUGUACACAUUCUGAAGGUUGUUACCUGA